AUGGUGGCAGCUGAUUCAUGGACUCCUGAGGUUCCUUGGGCUUGUCCUCAGCCUGCAAGAGCUGAGGAGAGCAAGUGGAGCAAGUCCGGAGGAAAGGGUCUGACCCAACCACGGAGACCAGAAGUGGUCAGAGGUGCCAAUGACCAACAGGAAAGCCAACAUCAAGACGGAGAUUCAUGCAUCGGUAAUGCUCACUCAAUAACGUGGAUAGUGGUCUUCCUGUUGAUUGCUGGAUUGGUGAUUCAUUUCAGAGUAUAUUCAAUGACACCAAAGGCUCCAGAAAGAAAUCCAUGUUUGGGGAUUGAAACUAAAGAGAAGUGUUUCAAUUUAUAUGGUGAAACCAAAAACUGGACAGCCAGCCAACAAUUUUGCCAUUCAAAAGGUUCAGAGCUUGCUCAUAUUAAUACAAAAGAGGAAAUGGAACUCCUGAAGAGUCAUGUAGGAAUUGCUAUGCACUGGAUCGGCCUGAGCAGAGAAGAAGGCGGGCCUUGGAAAUGGACAGAUGGCACCACAUUCAAUGAUUUGUUUGAAGUUAGUGGAAAUGGAUUGUUUGCUUUUAUAAAUUCUGACGGAGUCCAGAGUUCCAUGGGCCACCUUGAUCUACUGUGGAUUUGCAGCAAAUCUAAAAUACAAUAG